AUGGAAAGCAGCGUUUCUACUAUUGAUAGCAUAUCCUUAAAACCCGUUAAAUGGUUUACCGAAUUUAAAAAGACACUUUCUAGCCAGGAGGAUAAAGUAAUAGCUAUUACUGGUACUACCACUGGACUUGGAUUAUUUUCGGCAAAAAAUGCUGCGGAAUUAGGAGCAACUGUAAUUUUACUAAACAGGCCAUCUUCCAGGUCUAUAUCUUCAUAUGAAAGUUUAAAAGCAUCCGUUCCUCAAGGAAACUUCCAGUCGAUUGACUGUGACUUAAAAAGUUUCGAAAGUGUGAAGAAGGCGGCCGCUUACAUUUUAGAAAAUUUUUCGAGGUUAGAUGUUUUAGCCAAUAAUGCUGCAGUCAUGGCGCAAGGAAAUAUUUUAACUGAAGAUGGCUUUGAUAUUCAAAUGCAAACUAAUUAUCUCUCCCACUUUUUAUUAACAAAACUUUUAUACCCGUUACUUGUUAAAACUGCAAAAUCAGCCGGAGAAAGCAGAAUCAUUAAUCACACCAGCGUAGCAAGAUUUGGAACAUCCCUAAAUCCAAAAUAUCUACAAAAACAAAAUUGCGAAGAAAACUCUUCUAGUUUUCCGCUGGAAUACCUCGGCCGCUGGGAAAGAUAUCACCAGUCCAAAUUAGCAAACGCUUUAUUUACGUAUGCGUUAAAAGAAAGAAUUAAAAAUGUCAAUGUUAAAGCGCUACUCUGCCAUCCGGGUGUCGCCUCAACUAGUCUUCAAUCUAACCAUGCAAAAUCUGGCUACAGUUUUAACUUUUCCAGCUUUAUGGUAAAGUACUUUGGGCAAUCCUUAGAAGACGGAUCAAUAGGGCUUCUCCAUUGCAUUUGCGGCAAUGGCGAGAAGAUCCAGUCGGGCGAUUUCUAUGGUCCUGGUUGGUCUCCGUUUGCCUGGUGGGGGCCCCUCACAAGAAUAUCUCCAGGGAAAGCAAUCAUAGAUGAGAAACAAUGCGAACUACUUUGGAAAGAGUCAGAGUUGGCCAUCGGCGAGCCUUUUCUCUUAGAAUAA